AUGGCCUGGAGGCAAAUCGUAUCGUUGAACAGAAGAUUACUCUCAGCACCUUCAAAUCCGGUGCCAGGGUUUGCAAGUUUUUCCUCCAAAUCCUCACCUUACAUAGUGAAAGUUGGCAUACCAGAAUUUUUGAAUGGAGUGGGUAAAGGUGCCGAAACACAUGUGGAAAAGCUUGAAUCUGAAAUUGGGGACUUCAAUAAACUUCUUGUCACACGCACUCUCAAACUCAAGAAACUUGGGGUCCCCUGCAAACAUGUAAAUCAUUUUCUUGUCCUUUGA